AUGGACAUCUCGGCGGCCUCCAAGUUUGGCCAGAAGCUCGCCCACACCGAGAAGAACGUGCGCGACAAGGCUGUCAAGAGCCUCACGCUCUUCCUCGUCUCCAAGAAGGAGUGGUCCGACCUCGACCUCGAUAAGAUCUGGAAGGCGCUCUUCUACUGCAUGUGGAUGAGCGACAAGAUGAAGAUCCAGCAAGAGCUCGCCGACAACCUCUCCAAGCUCGUGCACGCGUUCCCAUCGGACGCGCUCAAGCUGCGCUUCGUGCACUCGUUCUUCAAGACGAUCCAGCGCGAGUGGCAUGGCAUUGACGGUCUCCGCCUCGACAAGUUCUACACGCUCGUGCGCAUGAUGCUCUUCCAGAGCUUCAAGUUCCUCGAGGCCACCGAGUUUGCGCUCAACGAAGCCUUUGCGUCGCACCUCGAGAGCGCGAUUCUCUCGCAGCUGCCCAACGGUCUCCGCCUCCACGUCUCGGAUGUCUACCUCUCGGAGCUCUUCAAGGCCGUCGGCGACUCGAUUCCCGCCGACGCCUUUGUGCAGCUCCUCGCGCCCUUCUUCACGUUGAUGAGCACGGACGCCGACAAGGCCGUCGCCAAGCGCGUGCACGACCUCAUCCUCACCCCGCUCGUGUCCGAGUAUUUCUUCCUCGACACGCAGCACACCAAGCCGGCGCCAACCGACGCCGAGACGACCGACGACGAGGCCGAAGCGCCCAAGCAGUUUGCAGCCGCGGCGCUCGCCGAGGUGCAGCACCGCAUCUUUGAGAUUGCGGCGGCCGAGGAGACGCUCGACCGCAACCGCAACUUGCUCUACACUAUUUAUGCCACCAUGUACGCCAAGACCAAGGUCGACUCGUCCAAGCCGGAUGCGAUCGCCAAGGCGCGUCAGGACAUGGCCAAGAAGGCUGCCAAGAACACGGCGCCUGCCAAGAAGGUGGCGGAGGCCAAAAAGGUCGCCGCCAAGAAGGCGGCCAAGGAAGAGCCCAAGAAGGUUGUCAUGGACAAGAAGGCCGAGAAGGAGUCCCCGAAGAAGGUUGUUGUCGAGGAAACCAAGGCGACCAAGAAGGCCGCCAAGGAGGAGCCCAAGAAGGUGACCAAGGAGGUCGAGAAGGUCGAGAAGACCAAGAAGACCAAGGACGAAGUUGUCGAGACCAAGAAGGUCAAGGCCGUCGAAGCGGAAACGAAGAAGGCGAAGAAGGCGGCCAAGGAGGAGCCGGUGGUCGUCGAGCCCAAGAAGGCGGCGAAGAAGGCGCCGGUGGUCGAAGAAAAGCCGGCCAAGAAGGCCAAGAAGGACGAGCCGGCCUCGAAGAAGAAGGAAAAGACCACGCCGUACCCGCGCUGUGCGUCGUGCGGCGGCUUUGGCAAGGGUCUCGUGCCGACGGGCAAGACGAUGUGCGGCCACUGCGAGCGCUCGUCGAAAGCGACCAAGAAGGAGGCGAAGAGCCUGAAGCGCAAGGCGGCGCCGGUUGUCGAGGAGGCGGCCGAGGACUCGGAGGACACGAAGCGCGUGACAUUUGGUAAGAGCAAGGCGCUGCCGUACGAGCUCUCGAUGAAGCGUAUGAAGAAGUCGGCGACGAAAGAAGUGGUCAAACCGGCGACGGGCAAGGGCGUGCUCAAGGUCAAGGAGAUCAAGGCCAAGCACGACAUGACGAGCGUCAAGCGCAACACGACGCUCAACUCGAAGCGCAUGCGGGCAGCCGACUUUUUCUAA